AUGCAUAUCCGAAUCCAAGCGCCCAACAAGAACGAGAACAGCUACGUGAACCGUAAAGGUUUCCACUCUAUCAAUGUCCAAGGCAUAUGUAACCACGAAGGUAAUCGAUGCUUUUAAAAUCAUUUCUUACAUCUUGGUAGACUGUUGCAUUUUCAGAUAACGUCUUAACCGUCAUGUAACACACAGUCAACUAUACCUGUCCCUUCAAGUAAGAUUACUCAAUAGCAGCAGGGGAUAGACACAAUUAAGUGAUCUACACUGAGUAGACUUGAAAAUUUUGUCACAUUCACACUGAUUGGCUGCAGUGAACGUUUCACUAUUGAAGUAAAAUCCCCUUGCAGAUUACCUUACAUGAUAUCAUUGUUUGCUUUUAUUUCAGGUUUGUUUACUAACAUUGUAGCUCGAUGGCCAGGAAGUACACAUGACAGCUUCAUGUUCAGGUCCUCAAAUCUAUGUAGCUACAUAGAGGAAAAUCAUCACUCACUGGAUGACGGAAUUCUCCCCGGGGACAGUGGGUAUGCAUUGCGCCCAUUUAUGAUGACCCCGUACAUCAACCCAAGCACCCCAGCUCAAGUUGCUUACAAUGAUGCUCAUUGUAAAACAAGGGUAAUCAUUGAACAAACUUUUGGCCACUGGAAACGUCGCUUUCAUGUUCUCCAUUCUGAAAUUCGUAUGGCUCCAGAAAAAGUGUGCAUCAUCAUUGGUGCAUGUGCUGUUUUGCACAAUAUCGCAAUUUUCCUCAGUGAGCCAAUGGAGGAUGGAGAUGUUGGUGGGGAAGCAAAUGAGGAUUAUGUGUACUGUGGUCCUAAUCAAGGACAAGCUGUCAGAAAUCACAUUACUCAAACCUAUUUCAGCUAG